AUGUCGUGCGCGAGCGCUCUCUCGCACGCACGCACGUCCAUCGUCCUCGGUCGACGCAACACCGUUCACGCCCAUCGACGCUCGAGCGUCGUUUCGAGAGCGACGACGGAGAAGACUUCAACACCGAUGAAGCUCGCAUUUUUGGGAUGCGGCAUCAUGGGGGUCCCGAUGGCGAAGAACCUGAUCGCAGCGGGACACGACGUGACGGUGUGGAACAGAACCGAGAGCGCGACGAAGCCCGUGGUCGAGGCGGGGGCGACGCUGGCGAAGACGGCGAGCGAGGCGGCGCGCGCGGCGGACGUCGUCUUCGUCAUGGUGAGCACGCCCGAGGCCGCGCUCGCGGUCGCGCACGCGGCGAAGGAGGGCCUUUCCAGCGGAAAGGGCUACGUCGAUGUUUCUACCGUUGACGCGGGUACCUCUCGAGCGAUCGCCGAGGUCGUUCGCUCCACCGGGGCGGAGUUCUUGGAGGCGCCGGUGAGCGGGUCUAAAAAGCCGGCGGAGGACGGCGCGCUCAUCUUCCUGUGCGCGGGCGACGAGGGAUUAUACACGCGGUGUACGGAUCCACUCGAUGUCAUGGGUAAGGCGCACUUCUUCUUGGGCGACGUCGGUCAGGGAGCGAAGAUGAAACUCGUGGUGAACAUGAUCAUGGGAAGCAUGAUGGGGGCGUUUGCCGAGGGCCUCACGCUCGCCGACAAGAGCGAUUUGAGUCAAGAGACCUUGCUCCAAGUGAUCUCCCUGGGGGCGAUCGCGUCGCCGAUGUUCGCCCUCAAGGGGCCGAGCAUGGUGGCGGGUAAUUAUCCGCCGGCGUUCCCGCUGAAGCACCAACAGAAGGACAUGCGACUCGCCAUCGCGCUCGCGGAUGAGCUCGCCCAAGACAUGCCGGUGGCCGCCGCGGCGAACGAGUUGUACAAGCGCGCGAGACGAGACGGGUGCGACGACGAGGAUUUCUCCGCCGUCUUGAAGGCUGUGAAGAAGUGA